AUGUUUAUCGCCGCAGAAGAAGAAUAAUCACGGAAGAGAGUUGAAAAGGCUUCCUGACGGAUCACCGGGCUAACCAGCUAAUUAAAAGAUAACUACCCGUCUAAUCACCACUUUAAUCAGGCUUACCGGUUAGAUAGACACCCGGACCGAAGCAUCAAGAUGACGGCUGCACCUUAUAACUACUCCUACAUCUUCAAGUACAUCAUCAUCGGUGAUAUGGGAGUAGGAAAGUCUUGUCUGCUGCAUCAGUUCACAGAGAAGAAAUUCAUGGCGGACUGUCCUCACACCAUCGGGGUGGAGUUCGGGACCAGGAUCAUGGAGGUCAACGGUCAGAAGGUGAAGCUGCAGAUUUGGGACACGGCCGGUCAGGAGCGCUUCAGGGCCGUCACCAGGUCUUAUUACAGAGGGGCCGCCGGGGCCCUCAUGGUGUACGACAUCACUAGGAGAAGUACUUAUAAUCACCUGAGCAGCUGGUUGACAGAUGCAAGAAACCUGACCAACCCAAACACAGUGAGCACACACACACACACACACACACACACACCUGACCAACCCAAACACAAGUUUAAGAUAUCAGUUUCAUUUCAGAGUGUUCUUUAG